CACGCGUUUGUUUUGUUUCCGCGUAGCAAACUGACGGAUUUAAGCUAGCGCGGCUAGCCAACGAAACACAACUGCCUCAGCACCAGCUCCGCUGUGCCGACAAUGAAGCCCGCGGUGGACGAGAUGUUCCCCGAAGGAGCCGGACCCUACGUGGACCUGGACGAGGCAGGGGGCAGCAGCGGGCUGCUCAUGGACCUGGCGGCCAAUGAGAAAGCAGUGCACUCGGAUUUCUUUAACGACUUUGAGGAUCUGUUCGAUGACGAUGACCUGCAGUGACGACGGCGUCCGACCUCCGUGACACGUGUACAUAAGAAAGAGAAAAUUAAGUGAAAAUUGGGCCUCUUCCGACUACGAGUUCUUCUUGUACAGCCCCGCCUCCUCCUCCCACGUGUCACUCACAACCAUAAUGAUUUUGUUUUUCCGUGUGUUAUUUUCUAACAAAUAAAAAGCUGCCGUGGUUUAAAAAAACAAAA